AUGGACAAGGCCGGCUUUGACGCGGUCGCCCCGCUGCUGAGUGCGCCCCAGUCGGCCGCCCUGGCGGUGGUGCGGGAGUACGUGAGGCUGCGGCAGGGGGAGGUCUGGCGCGACAUCGCGGCGGCUUUCGAGGCCGAGGGGCUGGCGCCCAGCCAAGAAGACUGCGCUCGCAUUGACUCGGGCAUCCGCGCGGCCGAGUCGCUGGCCGCCUCGGUGCGCACCCACCAGGAAGCUCUCCUGCGGCAGCACGCCGCCGAGGCCGCCGCGUCGGAGGCGGCUGGCUACGCGGCCGCGCUGGCCCAGGCGGCAGCAGAGGCAGAGGCCAAGGUGUUCAGGCGGGACACGGUCAAGCUCACAAUGAGGGAGCGGCUGGCGGCCAAGGCGCAGCGCGAGGACAUGCUUCGGCGGUCAGUGGUGGCCGCGCGGGAGGGGGACGGGGCGGGCGGUGGUGGGGCUGCCGCCGGCAAGGAGGGGAGGGUGCCGAUGCUUGUGUAA